AUGGUGCCAGUGAAGGUCAGGGCAGGUCAGGAUGUGAGGAUUGGGAGAGCUCUGAUCCUGUGGGAGCCAGAGCGUGGCCAGAACCAAUACCAGGUGCUGUGCUUCAUCUCACGGCUCAAUCACCACCAGAUCACCCCCACUGAGUCCAUGGCCCGCCUCAGACAGAGGAACCCCAACUUGGUCCGCAGGGCAGAGGAGAGGUGUGGGGUGGAACACCUCCACAUGGACAUGGUGGUGAACAUGAGUCGUGCAGGGCACCUCAACACACUCAUCCACAACGUGUGUAAGGAGGCACACGAGGGGUCUUAUACCCAGACAGUCGACACCAAGCAUUGGCUGGAUAAAGAGGCCAUUGAAUUUGAGCCCCUGCCCCAAACAGCAGAUGCCCCUGGUCUGCAGCGAUGCCCCUCCACUCUGGAUCUGUGACAGCCCUGUGUCUGCAGUUAUUGCCUGCGUCUGGAGUGGCUCCCCUGCCUGCUCAAAUACUGCCGCAGCCGGUUGGACGUGGCUGGAAGGGCCAACCCCUAUAAGUGUUGCAUCAGGAGCUACAGCAAGGGCUACCGCUUCGACUACUUCGUCCCCCAUAGAAAGCUCUGCCCAUGGGACGAGGAGACCUAAAGCAGCUUGUUUGGCUCCUGGUUCUUUCCUAGAAGGCGUUUAGCCUACAUUGCAUGUCUAGACUGAGCAAGUCAGGGAAUUCACGUACAGUUGAAGUUGGAAGUUUACAUACACCUUAGCCAAAUACAUUUCAACUCAGUUUUUCAGAAUUCCUAACAUUUCAUUCUUGUAAAGAUUCACAAUCUUAGGUCAGUUAGGCUCACCACUUUAUUUUAAGAAUGUUAAAAUACAGAAUAAUAGUGGAGAGAAUGA